AUGCUCUAUCAUGUGCUGGUGUUUUGAGUCCCUCCUCAUCGUUAUGUAACGCGACUCCCUCUGCCUCUUUUUGUUAUCAACGGGACGGCGUGACGUCAUCACCCAGCUCCGCGAAGGUCUGAGCGGCUCGCGGCUGCUGCUCUCAGACCAGCUAACGGGCGAUAAACAAACCCGCAGCGCUGCGUUAGCUUAGUUUUAGCUAGCCGCUCUCUGAAGACAAAUAAAACGGAGGCCAAUCGAGUCAGCUGCACUAUCGCACGUCUGAAUGUGUGCAGAUAAAGUAGUGCGCUUUUUUGCACUGACUUGAGCACCUUUUAUGCAACCCGCCCUGCUCACCAGGCACCACGAUGUCCGACGCUGCUAACGUUACUUCUACAGACAACAACGGAGACUCCGGGCUAAACGGGUCCUGGGUGGAGUUGGAGAUGAACAGAGGCGCAGCCGGAGCGGCCCAGUCGUCCUCCACAGGCGGCACGGCCCCAGGCCUGCUGCCUCUUCCUCAGGUGGAGGAAGAGGAGGCCAUGGUGGGAGGCUUGGAGCACGUCCCAUCAUCUUCCUCGAUCCACAACGGGGACAUGGAGAAGAUCCUGCUGGACGCCCAGCACGAGUCAAGCCGCAGCAACUCCUCAUGUGACAGCCCUCCGCGGCCCCACAGUCCCCAGGAUGACGGACAGAUCAUCUUCGACGUGGAUGUGAGCGGCAGAAGAGACAGCCUAUCAGAAGAGGACGCCUUGGAGAAAGAGAGGGACAUGGACAUCCUGAUGAAGGACGCAGACUGGGUUGCUGACUGGUCUAGUCGACCGGAAAACAUUCCCCCCAAGGAGUUUCAUUUCCGUCACCCUCGACGCUCAGUAACACUCAGCAUGAGGAAGACCGGGGCCAUGAAAAAAGGAGGAAUUUUCUCUGCCGAGUUCCUGAAAGUCUUCAUCCCCUCGCUGCUACUAUCACACAUCCUCGCUCUGGGGCUGGGAGUCUACAUCGGAAAGAGGCUGACCACGCCACCCGCCAGCUCUUUCUGAACCCGAAACAGAAGAAAAGUGCCUGAGAAGUGGCCAUGAGUUGUUGGAGAAAGUUUUGCUGUCGUGAGAGGAACGCGCCCGUCUCUUCUCCCUCUGUCCCGCCUGCUUCCCCUCCUCCAUCCCUGAGAUAUGACAUGUUCUCAGGAGAAAAGCAUCUGCCUUUUCCCCCCUUUCUCUCUCCUUCUCCUCCCCACCCUUUUUUUUCUUGAUCGGCUGUUCUGACUGUCUGUAGAUACCCCCUCCCUCCCCGCCUUACAUCCUUCACUCACUUGUGUAAGCUUUUCAAAGAAUGAUAAAGGUCAGAUUUGGCCCUGCGAUGGGGUUUAAUGUUUGUAACGGGUGGGUUUUCAGGGAGGGUCGCAGCAUCAAACCAAACUCUUCUACUACACACGCUGUCCCCUCGAUCAUGUGACAAAAGGGGAGGACUGUCCAGUUUUUAGAACUGACCACAGAUUGUGCCACCUACAUGAGUAGCCCAACGUCUCUUAAGGGUUCGACCAAAUUCAGAGUCGGCUACGCGAACUGAAAUGUGAUCAUGCCUUUUUGGAAGUAGCCAUUUUCUUUAGGUAAUAUGUUUUUUUUUAAUUUAUUUUACAGAAGUGGUGGUUUAUUGAGAAGGUGUAAUGAUGAAAAAAGUUUCCGUAGUGGCCAUCCUGAACCACAAGCGCUCAUGAAUUGCACCGGGGAAGUCUCUGACUGUCUGCUAAAGGAGAGAUUUAUGUGACAUUUCUUUCACUUUUUUUUGUGAAAUUUAAAAUCAUUUCCGCAACUGAAUGAAUUUUGCAAAGUGACAAUAACUGGAAACCAGGGUGUAGGUGUGUGUUUUGCAGGCAGCGUGUUCUCUCGGUGUGUACACUAACAGUAUUUUGUGGUUUGGGUCUCGGGUCCAGAAAAGAAAAAGGCAUCUGUCCAAACAGUCGGUGUCCAUGUUGUCUUUUUAUACCCCUUUUCCACCAACAUAGAGCAGGUUCUGUUGUGGUUUCUGCACCUAAUUUUGAGCCAUUCAGUCCAUUUCCACCAAAAUAAAUUGGUUUGGAACAUGAAAAAGUUGGUAACGACAAUGGGUUUUUCAUUUUGUACAGAUUAGAUGGAGAGAGCAACAACGGAGAAGUCAAGUGAGAGAUUUUUGGAAAAGAAGAGUGUGCAGAGGUCUCAUUGAUAGAUGUUCACGCUUGUUUUUUGGAAAACAAAUAUUUGAAAUAACAGAACAAAUGCUCUGGGGCAGCUAAUGUAAUCUGCCAUUUUUGCUGCUAGUGUUAGCGUCCGCUGUGUGUUGUGCAACGCUGUCCUUGGUGACACCAAGGAGGUUCAAAAGGGGAGAAGUCACCGUCUUACAUUACCACCACUGGGAUACAACAUGUGUGCAGUGAAAUCUGGUCCGCAGUUGCUGACAGACGUCAUAAAACAAAAAAGUCUGUAAUAGAAGACCAUAAACAAAUAAUUACUUUUUGCAAAUGUGUAUUUUGUAUCCAACAACAUCAGUGUGAGUGUACUUAAAAGUUUUGUCAGGCUGAGCACACAUAAAGAGGCCAAAAAUAGCACACCCAAAGAUCACCUGAGCAGACAUCAUACCUUUAUUUCCAGCGCCGCCUGCUGUAUUCUUCCAACAUUACAGCUCCGGGGAACAUCGCGCAUGUUUUAUACUUCAUAGCUCCCAUCGCGUCAAAGAGUGUGUCCCAGAUGACACAUCCUUUAUUACUAUGCUCAAAACAGGUUGAAACACCAGAAAACAGAACUGUUUCAACCUUAAUUUGGUGGAAAAGGGGUAAGAGUGAGCUUCUUGGUUUGUCUGCAACAUAUCGUAGAGCUGGUUUGGUCCUGACUGCUCAGUUCCCAAUAACUUUUACUCCACAUGGGGCCGGAUAUGACAUGGUGCUUUGCUGAUUGUUUCAUAUUUUUGUGGGUGCAAAAUUGGUACCAAAACACGAGAUUUGAAAUGAAGAGAUCGUGCUUUGUUGACAUUUGUUUCAAGGAUGUUUCAGUUACUUUUAUUUUCAUGAAAGAUAAAAGUUGUAUGUUAAUCUUGAAAUAAUUGAGUUUUAAGUUUAAGAUAUUGGUUGAAGAAAAGUGGCUUUUCUUGAGAAAAAUAGCCAGCUGUGCUUUCUAACACUCCAACACGUUUGCCAAAAUUUCCACAAGCUGCAGAUGAAGGGAACUGAUUCCAGGGUAUUGACAGGCAAAAGAUGAAGCUCAAUUUAGCAUUUAUCGCAGUGACAGUGCAGACUAAAAGUUUGUUUUUACCUAGCAAGGCUCUACUUUAUGUGUAAACACAGGUAUUUGGCAAACAUGUUCAGUGAGGUCCACAGCAUGAUUUAAAAAGCUUGAUAUCAGACAUCAGCUCCAGGUCAGUUUUGGACCUCCCACAGCCAGACCUGGGUCAAAUAAUAUUUGAUUUUGACGUUCAGAUCUCAUCAAAUGCCAAAUGUUUUAGUUAAUAAACUCCUUUUAGAGCAUUUUUUGUUGCUGAAUGCUCAUUUUGACUUAAAGGGUGAUCCAAUGAGUCUAAGUUUUAAAGGUGAGCAUUAUACUACCUGGCGUUACUUUGUUGCCUUUUCAGAAAGUGAUUUCAUGAUUAAAAGCAUUUCAGUGUUACAUUUCACAGAGCAAGAAAAACAGUUUUUAAAGUCACCAAUGCACAUCACAGCUAUAAGAAAGUUUAUCUUGAAGACAAAUGUGAAGAGUCUGAAAAAAUACUAAACUUCUGCGAUCGACAGCUGCUUUAAGUAAAAUUAGACUGAAAUAAUUUUGCUGCAAAUACUAUUUGACCCAGCAGGUCGACUCAGGACGUGUUUUUGUUUUACCUCUUCUGACAGACUCAUUAACUACCAACAGUGUGUGGGGUUUUGUCUCCAUGACAACCACAGAGGUACUGUUGUAUUGUGCAGCAAACGUGUCUGCCUGUGUUUGUCCAUGCAGCAUUUGACGGUGGUGUUUUGGAUUGUUCUUUCCUGUUUGGUUUGUUUUGAGUUGUCUGUUUUAAGUUUUCCUGAUGUUGCAUUAAGAUUGUGAACGCACAGCGCGGGAGUUUAAACGUGAGGUGAGAGGAAACAGAACCCCUAUUGUUGAUGGCAGGGCCUAAUGUGAACGGGAAAUCGAAGGUGUGGAAAGAGACUUCCCUCAGACUGUGAUGGUCUAACAGUAGUUAUUGUACUGAUGCAUUUGCUUUGAUUUUUCUUUUUCCCACUACAUUGGAAGAAUUGAUAAACAUUUUGUCAUUAAAGAUUACCUGAAUGAAGCUA